ACCCGAGGAGGCCAUUGGCGGAGAGGCGUCACGUGACCACGGGGUGCCAAUGUUCUUCUACAAGGGUGUCAAGACCCUGUCACUUUGUGAAAUAAAUAUUGGGAAACGGCGAGAUGCAAAAGGCAACCUACUACGACAGCUCGGCAAUUUACACUGGCUACCCGUAUCAAAGCGCAAAUGGCUUCAGUUAUGAUGCCAAUCAGGUCCAAUAUCCCCGCGCCUCUCAUGUGGAAAGUGACUACCAUCGACCCGCCUGCUCGCUGCAGUCUCCCGACGGCUCGGCGGCGGAGAGCCGCGGCGACGGAAGCGCCGCGCAGCCGCCGCCGCCGCCGUCCACCGAGAGCAGCCCGACGCCCUCACGCUCUCCCUCGGAUGCCGGCAAGCCGAGCGGAGCCAAAAGCGGCUCGCCGUCGUCGGCCAAUCGCGGCAAGCAGAUCUUUCCCUGGAUGAAGGAGUCACGCCAGAACACCAAGCAGAAACCCGCAAAUAGCGCCAGUUCAGUGGAGAGCUGCCCAGGAGACAAGAGUCCUCCCGGAUCGGCGGCCUCCAAGCGGGCCCGGACUGCUUACACCAGCGCCCAGCUGGUGGAGUUGGAGAAGGAGUUCCACUUCAACCGCUACCUUUGCCGGCCACGUCGCGUGGAGAUGGCCAACCUACUCAACCUGACCGAAAGACAGAUCAAAAUUUGGUUCCAGAACCGCAGGAUGAAAUACAAGAAGGAUCAAAAAGGCGUGGGGAUGAUGCCGUCCCCUGGGGGCCAGUCCCCCCGCAGUCCGGUGGGCCCCACUUCGGGGGGAGGCUACCUCACCUCUAUGCAUUCUCUGGUCAACAGUGUUCCUUACGAGUCCCAGUCGCCCACCUCAUAUACUAAAAACCACCAGAACGCGUACGGAAUGGCCCCAUCGUACCCACCGCCUCUCAACAACUCCCAUAAGAGGUACCCCGACUCGGCCACGCCCGAGUACGAAGCGCACGCCCUGCAGAGUGGCAACUACAUGCAAGGCAGCCCCGUGUACGUCGGCGGUGGUUACGUGGAAGCCGCGCCCAACUCCGGGGCGUCGGUUUUCGGCCUCAGCCACCUCUCGCACCCGCCGCCGCCGUCCUCCAACAUGGACUACAACGGAGCAAUCACGAUGGGCAACAGUCAGCACCACGGCGGGUGCGAGGCCGCCCCAACCUACACGGACCUUACGCCGCAAUACUCUCAGGGAAGAAUCCAGGAAGCGCCCAAACUGACUCAUCUGUAG